UUAUAAACUCACAUCACUAUUGCAUCCGAAUUGAUUAAAUACUUCAGCGGGUGCCUUUCAACCAUUUUCUAACAAAAAUUUGCACGACGAGAUGGGCAACAAGUCAUCGCUGUUCCUGCGGAGCGAGGAGAUAGCGCAGAUUCAGGAGGAAACUGGCUUUACUCCCAACCAAAUCGAGAGAUUGUACUCGCGCUUCACGUCGUUGGAUCGCAACGACUGCGGGACCCUCUCCCGCGAGGACCUGAUGCGCAUCCCCGAGCUGGCCAUCAAUCCGCUGUGCGAGCGCAUCGUCCACUCGUUCUUUGCCGAGAGCACCGACGAUCGGGUGAACUUUCGGCAGUUCAUGAACGUGCUGGCCCACUUCCGGCCGCUGCGGGAUAACAAGCUGAGCCAGAUGAACAGCCGGGAGGAGAAGCUGAAGUUCGCCUUCAAGAUGUACGACCUCGAUGACGACGGUGUGAUUAGCCGGGACGAGCUGCUCUCCAUUCUCCACAUGAUGGUGGGCGCCAACAUAAGCCAGGACCAGCUGGUCAGCAUUGCGGAGCGCACAAUCCUGGAGGCAGACCUCUGCUGCCAGGGCAAAAUAUCGUUCGAGGACUUCUGCAAGGCCCUAGACCGCACCGACGUCGACACAAAGAUGUCCAUAAGGUUUCUCAAUUGAGGUGUGCUCUGUCAGGAUAAAAUCUUGGACCAGAGACAGUGAGAGAGAGAGAGAGAAAGUUGGUGGGAGGGAGCUUCUUAGUCAGUGUGUACCAAAUAGUUUAGGAUGGAGGAGAUGGAGUCUACCGAGAGGCAUUACUUGUAUUUAGUAUUCGUUAUGGAAGUGAGUGAAGGAGUGAAUGAGAUGCGGUUUUUUGUUGUUGAUAACGUUUAAUCUUUAAUCUUUACGCCCUCCGCUGUGUGACCCGCACUUGAUACAUGAUUCUUACUUAAUUCUUUAUUCCUGCGCUGUAAUUUAAUGUAAGGUUCUGAGGGCAUUUUGUGUUUUUAGUUGCUUGCAAAUAAAGGCCAACGGCGUGUCAUUUAAAUUGUUGAA